GUAGGAUUGGAACCUAAGUAGCACAGUCUCAACCUAUUAACCUAAUGUAAUUAGCCCGUGUUAACACAAUCACACGUCAACAACUUAUUUAAACCCGCCCCCACGGCCUGGACGCCACACAAGCUUUUUUUUUACCUCACCUUCGAUGUCAUCACAAGUUUCUCUCUGAGUGACAUUUUGUGAGCCGGAAGUCCCGCAUAUAUUUGCCAAGUUUCCAUGGCACUCCUAUCCCACUUGUAUGGAGGCAGCUGUACUUUCUAUCCAUUCCAAGUGCCGGGGGUGAACGUGGUUAGACCCAGCGCUGUGGUGGGGUUGCCCCGUGCGUACCAGCGACCGGACCCGCUCUUGUCAGUGUACCCGCCGCGCCAUUGCCUACGCCAACAGCCACCUGUAGUGGUCACGGAUAUGUCGUCCUCGUCGGAGCGUUCCCCGAGCCCCGAGGAGAAAUCCCCGGCCUCUCCUCCCACAAGAGCCGCUAGCACAAACUCCACCUCCUCGGCACCGAUCAUCAACUUCUCAAUUGACGGGAUUCUUGGACUGCGUGACCGCGGGGAGGAAAGCAGGGUUCCUGGCGGCGGGGAGGGCUCAGACGAACCCCCGAAAACAUCCGACGCGGAAAUUACCAGUCUUUCGUCCUUAUCUGCCGCCGACCCACUAUCACUCCCGGGGAUGGACGACCCGAGAUAUCGGUUCUCCUGGCUGCAAUGUACGCGGUACAAACCGCCAAAACUCCCACGUGCCAAACGAAAAGAUGGGAGCAAGAAGAGGAAGCUUGGGCGGAACCCUAGAGUACCGUUCUCCGCACACCAGGUCGCAACGCUGGAGUCCAAGUUUCGGCGGACACACUACCUGAGCAGCGUGGAUGUUUCCGAGCUCUCCGUGGCGCUCAACCUGUCCGAAAAUCGGGUAAAAAUAUGGUUUCAAAACCGCCGAGCCCGGGAGAGACGAGAACGGGAGAACCGGGAACAGGGCCGGUUGCAGGCGGCAUCGGCGGCGGCCGGAGUCCCCCUCCCCACCGUCUCGUGGCCGGAGAGCCAGCCGGCGAGUCAGGGCUCGCCCACGCCAAGCCCUACUCACCCAUACGCGCCCACUGUCGGACAGGGGACCUCGGCGUUCACUCCUGUGUCAUUCACCUAUUGAAUGGACUAUCGCACAAUCGGGUAUGCUUGUGUGCCAUCGAUUUCAAACAGUCGUUAUUUUUUGAAUGUGUACAAUUGCUACAGUUGGUCGAAAAACUGCAAAUGGCGACAAACUUGGGUAUGUUUUCAUAGUUCUGUUUUGUGCAACGCGCGUCAUUUUUGUACCAUUUCCAGUGCCAUAUAGACGUCAUUGCUGUACUGUAAUGUAGUAAUAAGAAAACAAACAUGUAAAAAGCACAUGAAAGAGAAAUGAGACUUUUGUAGCACAGCCAAAAUUGAUGGUGACUACAAGGAUACAGUGUAGAACCGACGUGGAGAAAAACAUAUGAUACGCGAUGUUGUUUGGGUUCAGAUGGAUUUAACGCACUCUUUUGUAGCGUAAAUGUUAUUUCAAAAAAGAUAAAUGUAUCAUUUAUAUCAUUUUGUAAAUCAUGGCUUGAAAUUGUGUGUAAAUGCAUCUUACAAAUUGUUUUGCUAUCGAUAGUACUGGGGUUCGGUUUUUGCGUAUGAUAUUUGUGAAUGUGUAUUCAACGCGAACUAGAAAAUGGAGAUGUUUAUAUGGACACGCGAAUGCAAUACGUAGCUUUGUACUAUAUCAAAAAGGACAUUUUUUUUUUAGAUAUAUCAAAGAAGUGCAGUUUUUACA